CAUAUGAUCCAGAUAUUAAAGGAACUUUAACAUAUACAAUGAUUGAUGGAGAUGAUGGAAAAUUUAUUUUAGAACCAGAUACUGGAAAAUUAAUAUUACGUGAUGCAUUAGAUAGAGAAUCAAAAGAAAUUUAUAAAAUAAAAAUUCGUGUAACAGAUGGUAUUCAAAGUUCUGAAACAAUAGUUAAUGUUCAGGUUACAGAUACUAACGAUAACCCACCAACAUUCUCUGAAGCUGUAUAUUCAUUUGAUGUACCAGAAAAUGCAGUACGUGGUUAUCAAGUUGGUAAAAUUAUUGCAACUGAUCGUGAUCUUGGUGAUAAUGCAAUUAUAACUUAUUCUGUAAUAUCGGAUUGGGCUAAUGAUGUAUUCAAUUUACAUCCUCAAACUGGAGUUUUCACAUUAACUGCAAGAUUAGACUAUGAAGAGGUUCAACAUUAUAUUUUAGUAGUUCAAGCACAAGAUAAUGGUCAUCCAAGUUUAUCUACGACAAUAACAGUUUAUUGUAAUACAGUUGAUUUAAACGAUAAUGCACCAAUUUUUGAUCCUAUGAGUUAUUCGAACGAAAUUUUCGAGAACGUUCCGAUUGGUACGAAUGUUAUUACAGUUACUGCAACAGAUAUUGAUUCAGGCUUUAAUGGGCAAAUUGAAUAUUCGAUCAUUGCGGGUGAUGAUAAAAAUGAUUUCGAUAUCGAUCAAAACGGCACAAUACGAACAAAACGUACUUUAGAUCGGGAAACUAAAAAUUCCUAUAAUAUGAUAAUAGCCGCGAAAGAUUGCCCCUUGGAACCACAACAACGUCUUUCUUCUACAGUUCAAGUAACGGUAAUAAUUAAAGAUAUUAACGAUGAAUCACCAGUAUUUAUUUCAUCGAAUGAAACAAGUAUAAUUGAAAAUACACCAUUAAAUACUAUAGUUAUGGCAUUAAAAGCAAUCGAUCAUGAUGAAGGACGCAAUGGAUACAUUGAAUAUCAGUUAGUUAAUCCAGAAUCUAAUAUACCAUUUAGUUUAGGAGCUGUUGAUGGUCUUCUUAGAGUAUCAGGACAUUUAGAUCGUGAAUUAAAAUCAAAGUAUAUAAUUGAUGUUAGAGCAAAAGAUCGUGGUGAACCACCAAAAUCAACACAAACACAAAUCAUAAUAAAAAUUCUUGACGAAAACGAUAAUAGUCCAGUAUUUGAUCCAAAAUUAUAUAGUGCAUCUGUUGCUGAAAAUGCUAGUAUUGGAGCAAUGGUAUUACAAGUUUCAGCAACUGAUAUAGAUGAAGAUGCUAACGGACGUGUACGUUUUAUGAUUGCAUCAGGUGAUGAAAAUCGUGAUUUUAGUAUAAGUGAAGAUUCUGGUGUUAUACGUGUUGCAAAAAAUUUAAAUUAUGAAAGAAAAUCACGUUAUGUAUUAACGGUUCGAGCAGAAGAUUGUGCAACAGAAGCAUUAGAAAAUGAAAGAUAUGAUACUGCAGAAUUAACAAUUGUUAUUACCGAUAUUAAUGAUAAUCCACCAACAUUUUUAGAUUCACCAUAUUUAGCUAAAGUUAUGGAAAAUAUAAUACCACCAAAUGAUGGUUAUGUUAUAAAAGUUAAAGCAUUUGAUGCUGAUACACCACCAUUUAAUAAUCAAGUUCGAUAUUUUUUAAAGGAAGGUGAUGCUGAUCUAUUCCGAAUUAAUUCAUCAACUGGUGAAAUUUAUUUACAAAGAUCAUUAGAUCGUGAAAUGCAAUCCGAAUAUAUUUUAACUAUUGUUGCAAUGGAUACUGGAUCACCCCCAUUAACUGGUACUGGAAUUGUUAAAAUAAUUGUGCAAGAUAUGAAUGACCAUAGUCCAGAAUUCGAGAGACAAUCAUAUUACGUGACAGUACGAGAAAAUUCACCUAUAAAUUUAAAAAUUUUGCAACCACUUGCAAUUGAUAAAGAUUCCGGAUUAAAUGCAAAACUCAAAUAUUAUCUUAAAGGUGAUAAAGUUGACCGUUUUAAAAUAAAUUCAAAUACAGGGGAAAUAACAACAGCAGCAGUAUUGGAUCGAGAAGAAAAAUCAAUAUACUAUUUAACGUUAAUAGCACAAGAUAGUUCACCAAUUGAACAACGUUCAACAUCCAUAAAUAUUACAAUUAAAAUUGAUGAUGUUAACGAUAAUUCACCACAAUUUAGCAAGAAGAAAUUCGAAAUUAAUUUACCAGACCGUAUAAAGGCGAAUGAAUUUGUUUUUGGAGCUGAAGCUACAGAUAUUGAUACAGGUGACAAUAGUAAAAUAACGUACUCAAUAAGUGGUCGUGAUGCUAACAUAUUUACAAUUAAUAAAUUAAAUGGUGUUAUCAAAACAAAUAUACAACUUUCAUCAGAUACACUUGGAUUUAAUUUCAAUUUAAUGAUACAUGCUGAAGAUCAAGGUAUUGAAAGGAAAACAGCAACAGCAGAAUUAGCACUUUUAUUGCAACCAGCAAAUUUAUUUCCACGUUUUUCCUAUAUAUCAAAUAUACAAUUUGUUUUAUCAGAAGAUGUUGUAGAAGGUCACACAAUAACAAAAGUUACAGCAACAUCACCCAAAACUGGUAGUGCAAGUAACAUAAAAUAUUCGUUUGCUGGUGGUAACGUUGGUAAUGCACUAAAUAUUGACACAAACACAGGUACUGUAUCGGUGGGAUCAACUGGUUUGGAUUAUGAAGAAAUGCAUCAAUAUGAGAUAUGGGUACAAGCUGCUGAUUCUGAUGAGCCUGCCCUAAGAAGUGUUAUGUUAAUAAUUGUAAAUGUAACUGAUACAAAUGACAAUCCACCAAUAAUGGAAAAAAUGCUUUACAAUACUGAGGUAUUAGAAGAAGAAACUCCGCCACAAUUUAUUAUUAAAAUAAAAGCAUCUGACAAAGAUUCUGGAGUUAAUAGUGAACUAACUUAUCGUUUAAUUGAUGAUCAUGAAGGAAUUUUCGAAAUAGAUGCCGAUACUGGUGAAAUUUAUACAACAACAAAAUUAGAUCGAGAAGAUAUUGCCAUGUAUGAACUAGAUGUAGAAGCAGUUGAUCAAGGAAUGCCACAACUAAUCGGAAAAUCUACUGUUAUUGUUAAAGUUUUAGACAAAAAUGAUAAUCCACCGAGAUUUACACGAUUAUUUAGCGUUAACGUUACAGAAAAUGCUGAGAUUGGUAGUUUUGUUAUUAAAGUUACUUCAUCCGAUCUUGACGUUGGCAUAAAUGCUAAUGUGUCAUAUACAUUUGCUCAAAAUCCUGGAAAUAAAUUUUCUAUUGAUUCAAUAUCUGGAAACGUGACUGUUUCUGGAAAUCUAGAUCGAGAAAUACAAGAUGAAUAUAUAUUGAAAGUUACAGCGUCUGACGGUGCAUGGAGAGCAGAUACUCCAAUAACAAUUACAAUACAAGAUCAAAAUGAUAACGCACCUGAAUUUGAACAUAACUAUUAUAGUUUUAGUUUCCCUGAAUUACAAACAGCGACAUCAUUUGUUGGACAAGUGAUCGCAACAGAUCGUGAUAAACAGGGCCCGAACUCCGUCAUAUCAUACUCUUUUAAACAGCCAUCAGAUUUCUUUAUUAUCGAUCCGGCAACUGGAGAAAUAUUUACGAAACGAUCAAUUCAAUUUAAACAUUCUCAGAUAAAAUCAUCCCCCGAAAAUACAUAUUCAUUGAAUGUUUUAGCAACAGAUAAUGGAAAGCCACCAAUGUAUUCUGAAUGCUUAGUCAAUUUAAAUGUUGUUGAUGCCAACAAUAACCAACCAAAAUUCACUAAAAAUAAAUAUUUAUCACCAGUACCUGAAAACGCUAAAGUUGGUCAAAAAGUUAGCCGUGUUGAAGCUACUGACGACUUAGAUUAUGGUGUAAAUGCUGAAAUCGAUUAUAUGAUAACUGGUGGAAAUGGCUCCUCAUGGUUCUCUAUUAACAAACAUGAUGGUUGGAUUACCGUUUCCAGAAAUAUUAUUGCAAUGGACAAUACUCUCUAUGUUAUCAAUGUUCGUGCUACAGAUCAUGGUGUACCACCCAAAUAUGAUGAAAUUUCUGUUGAAUUAAUUGUUUCUGGAGAAAAUUUAUAUACACCUCAAUUUACAGCUCUCAGUUAUCAAGUAAUAGUUCCAGAAAACGAACCCAUAAACUCAACAAUAUUAACCGUAAGUGCAUCAGAUCAGGACCACGGCCCUAAUGGCAUAAUACGUUAUUCAAUAUUAAGUGGGAAUGAGAAGAAAGAAUUCUCAAUUAAUUCGGAAACUGGAGCAGUUACAAUAUCACAAGCUUUGGAUUAUGACACUGUUCAGGAAUACCAUUUAAAUAUUACUGCUAAAGAUUUAGGAUUCCGUCCAAAAGAAGCAAUCGCGAUGUUGACUGUGAUAUUGACGGAUGUUAAUGAUAAUGCACCACAAUUUGACGCAGUUGAAUAUCAUGCAUAUAUAGAAGAAAAUAAACCACGAAACAGCUUUGUCUUCAAAGCUAAAGCCACAGAUAAAGAUUCACCAAAAAAUGCAGUAAUUCUUUAUUCUAUAACUGGUGGAACAGGAAGAGAUAUAUUUGCAAUAGAUUCGAAAACAGGUGUUAUCACUUCAUUAGUCAGCUUCGAUUAUGAGGAACAAAAAUUGUAUUCUUUGCAAAUACGAGCAGUUAAUCCUGAUUCGCCAAUGUCGAAUUCAACCAAAAUAACGGUUCAUAUAGUUGGUGUAAACGAAUAUUUUCCCAGAUUUAUUCAACCCGUUUUUCAUUUUGAUGUUUCAGAAUCUUCUGAAAUAGGAUCAUUUGUUGGAACCAUUCAAGCGGUCGACAAAGACGCUGGUGACGACGGCAAAGUAUAUUACCUUCUAGUGGGCUCUUCCAAUGACAAAGGAUUCAGCAUCAACCCAGUUAGCGGAAAAAUUACAGUUUCACGUAUUUUAGACAGAGAAACUCAAAGUAGAGUAGUAUUAACAGUAAUGGCGAAAAAUCAAGGUGGAAUUCGUGGGAACGACACUGAUGAAGCCCAGGUCAUUAUUACAAUUCAAGACGGAAACGAUCCGCCAGAAUUCACACAACCAGAAUACACAGCAAAAGUAUCUGAAUCUGUGUCGAUUGGUACUAAAAUUGUACAAGUUAAAGCUAUUGACAAAGAUAUUCGGCCACAAAACAAUCAAUUCAGUUACUCCAUUAUCAAUGGAAACAUAAAUCAAGCUUUUAAAAUUGAGCCUCAGACAGGCGAAAUUGAAACAGCUAAUCAAUUGGACAGAGAAAAAACCGAUACAUAUAACUUAAUUAUUGGAGCAAUAGAUACUGGACUUCCACCGCAAACUGGUACAGCAAUGGUAAAAGUACAAGUUCAGGACGUCAACGAUAAUGGCCCUAUUUUUGAACCAAAUAAUUUAAUAGGAUAUAUAUCUGAAAAUGAACCUACUGGAACAUCAGUUAUGACUCUUCAGGCUAGUGAUCCAGAUCUCCCUCCAAAUGGUGGCCCAUUUACAUAUUAUUUGACCGGAGGUAAACAUAGAUCGUUUGUGAAUGUGGACAAAUAUACUGGCUUAGUGAGAACUCUACAAAGUGUCGACAGAGAAACAACGCCAAAACUUGAAUUUAAAAUCGAAGUUGAGGAUAAUGGCACUCCUAAAAUGAGAUCUCAACAUAUAGUUAACGUUAAUGUUUUAGAUCAAAACGACAACCCAUCUUCACCAAGAUCCGUAACUGUAAUGGUGAUGAUUUUAAAUAGAAAUGUUCCAAAUACUAAAAUUGCAGAUAUACAUCCAAAUGAUCCUGAUAUAGUUGGAGAUUAUAAAUGUCGUCUUAAUUCAAACAAUGGAAGUCCAAAUUUUCAUAACUAUUUUACAAUACCAAGUAAAUGUGAUUUAUAUUCAACGUCAAAAAUAAAUCCUGAUGUCAGUUAUACGUAUUCCAUUCUUGGAAACGAUGGACUACAUGGCGAUGUUUCAUCAACUGUAAGCAUAGAAUUCAGUUCAUUCGACAAUGGUACCAUUGCAAAUUCUGUAACAAUUCGUAUAGAAAACGUAACAGCUGAGAGUUUUCUAUCAAUGCAUUAUCACAAUUUCAUUGAAUUAAUUAAAUCUUCCUUAGAAUAUGGGGAUCAAUUAGUGCUUUACAAUAUAAGAAAACUUGACAAUACCACCAGUUUUGAAGUUUAUAUAGCUGUAAGAGCAGCCAAUUUGAAUUAUCGCCCCAAAUCUUAUGUUGUAGAACGACUAAACAUUAAGCAUGACUCAUUGGUAAAAUUACUCCAAUUGCAACCCGAAAAUGUUAUCAUUGGUUAUUCCCCGUGCUCUGGAAAAAGUUCCAACACUUGUAGUAAUAAUGGUGUGUGUACAGAAUCGAUGCGUUAUAAUGACAGUCCCGAAAUGUUUUACAACAUCAUUGAUAGCAAAAAAUUAAUUUUUUCUGCACCGCCAAUAGCUCAUGAUUUUAUUUGCAAAUGCCCUGAGGGCUUUGUCGGACAACAAUGCGAACAAAAGCAAGAUCCAUGCUCACCAAACCCUUGUCAAGCCAAUGCCGAAUGCCGUAAGCAAGGAAGAGAAUUUCAAUGUAUAUGUCCGGUAAAUCGAGAAGGUCGUUAUUGCCACCUGGAAAAAGGAGAUUUAUGUAAACAGAAUCCUUGCAAAAACGGCGGGUCAUGCCAAGCAAGCCCUGAUGGCGUGUCGUACUUUUGUUUGUGCAGACCAGGCUAUAGAGGAAAUAAUUGUGAAUACUUAACCGACUCAUGCAGACCAAACCCAUGCAUGCAUGAUGGUUUAUGUGUCAAUUUAAAACCUGGUUAUAAAUGCAACUGCGUCGAUGGGCGUUAUGGUCGACAUUGCGAAAAAACAACAUUUGGUUUUCAAGAACUUUCUUAUAUGAGCUUUCCAUCGCUUGAUACAGGUACUAAUGAUAUCAGCAUUAUUUUCGCCACUACAAAACAAGAUGCCUUAUUGCUGUACAAUUAUGGUCAACAAAGUGGUGGAAGAUCUGACUUUAUUGCAUUAGAACUAGUGAAGGGAAAAGCAACAUUUUCCCUUGGUGGAUCGAGAACAGCCAUAACUUCUGUUACUAUUGGUGAUGAAAAUCGGAGGUCUGAUUGGAAUAAAAAUUUGGCAGAUGGAAGUUGGCAUAAAAUUACUGCUACGAGAAACGGAAAAUUAAUUUCGCUCAGCGUUUCAAAAUGUAUAGAAAACGGUGAUGUUUGUCAAGAAUGUAAACCAGGAGAUAGUCAGUGCUAUGCUGAUGAUAUUGGACCUACAGGGACUUUAAAUUUCAACAAACAGCCUCUUCUAGUUGGAGGUCUCAUAACAGCGGAUCCUGUAUUAGAAAGGCCUGGUCAAAUUCAUUCAGAUGAUCUAGUUGGGUGUGUUCAUAGUGUUUCAAUUAACGGUCGCACCCUUAACUUAAGUAAUCCAAUUCAAUCACGGGGUAUUCUUUCUACUUGCAACAGAAAAAAUAGUGGAGGCCCUUGUGCACAAGGUCUGCCUGAUGAUCCAACCCAAUCAGUUUGUGGCUCAUUCGGAACAUGCAUUGAUCGCUGGAACACAGCUUUAUGUCGAUGUGGUGCUCAUCUAUUAUCUCCAGAUUGUUUUAACUCAUUAGAACCAAUUUCAUUAAGUGACGGAGGAUUUUUGGAGUUUAAAAUCUCAGAAAAGCAUCGAAGAAUGCAGCUUUUAGAUAAUUUAUACCAUACAAAUAAUAUUUGGUCUUAUGAUGUAGAAGUGGCUCAGCGUCGUAGGCGUUUUACAAUAGAUAAUAGUAAUAUUACUGCUUUAUCGCAAGUCUACGAUCCACCAAAAAGUAUGAGUUUACUUUUCAAAACUGUUAGAUCAAAUGGCUUACUACUUUUCGCUGCUACAAAUAAAUAUUUUACUUCAGUUGAAAUUAGAAAUGGAAAAUUAUUCUACAAUUCUAAGCAAACAACUGCAGUCAAUAUGACUAUUAAUAACCCAGAAACAAUAUCAGAUGGAAAAUGGCAUAACGUUACUUUAUUUGUUGAAAAUAGAGUUCUAAGAAUUUUAAUUGAUAACUCAGAAGUUGGCGAAGAAUUAGACGCGGCAGGUGUACAUGAUUUCUUAGACCCAUACUUAACAAUGCUUUCAAUUGGAGGUGUUCGAAGAGAAUAUAUUAACUCAGAAAGUUCUAUGGUGCAAACAUUUCAAGGUUGUUUAGCUAAUUUUACAAUUAAUAACGAAAUUCAACCAUUUAAUGGAUCUGGAAGUGUAUUUUUUGAACGAUUAACAAGGGGAAGUGUUUUUCAAGGUUGCUUAGACAUUGCUGGUGUUGAUGUAGCUCAAGUUUCAGAUCCCCUAAGCAUUGGAAUAACUUUAGUUAUUGUUUUUUUCAUAAUAUUAUUAGUUGCAAUUUUAGUUUCUUUUGUGGUUUUUCGUGUUAGAAAACAACAAAAAGAAAAAUGUGGUGGACCUGGUGGUGGGCAUGUAUUACAAGCAAAAACAAGUCACGGUUCAACUCAUAUAACAAAUGGAAUUAUGUCAUCUGGGGUUGACUGUGUCAUAACAAGAAAUAUACACAGUGGUGAUGUUAAUGUCGGAUACCACGUAGAAAAUAAUGACAUCAUACGAAGAGGCGGCGAAGGUCAUCACUUGGUAGGCCCUGAACUAAUAUCAAAGAAAUUUAAGGAGAGAGAUAUUAAUUCGGGAGAACAUCAACGAACUCAACGUCCAGACAUAAUUGAGAGGGAAGUUGUAAGUAAAAAUCCACCUCAUAGAGAUGAACAUCAUCAGCCUAUACCGCCACCAAAUCAACAACUACAUCCACGUGAUUUACAAAAUGGAGCUGUUGAUUUAAAUUCUGAAUAUCCAGAACAUUAUGAUCUGGAAAACGCAAGUUCUAUAGCUCCUUCGGAUAUAGAUAUUGUUUAUCACUAUAAAGGUUAUAGAGAAGGUGGCGGGGUACGUAAAUAUAAAACAACAACUCCACCGAUUGCAUCUUUUGCUCACCAUAAGCAUCAAUCAGCAACACAGCAGCAACACCGUCAUUCACCACAUCAUGCUGCUCCAUUUGUUCCUAGAGUGCCACCUCAGGGCAAUAAAUCAGCAUCAAGUACACCACGACAACAUCAAAGUACACCAUUAGCACGAUUAUCUCCUAGUUCUGAAUUAAGUUCACAACAACCUAGAAUUUUAACACUGCACGAUAUAUCUGGGAAACCUCUUCAAACCGCUUUAUUAGCGACUACAUCCAGUUCAGGUGGUGUAGGUAAAGAUGUUUUACAUAGUAAUAGUGAAAGAAGUUUAAAUAGUCCCGUAAUGUCACAAUUAUCUGGUCAAAGUUCAAGCGCAAGUCGCAAAAAUCCUAGCGUUCCAACUGUAAAUUCACAAGAAACAAUGGGUUUAACUGCUGACGAAAUUGAUAGAUUAAAUGCAAGACCAAGAACAUCUAGUUUAGUUUCAACACUUGAUGCAGUAUCGAGUAGUAGUGAAGCACCACGUGUACCAAAUGCUGGACAUCAUUUAUCUUUAAGUGUACAUCAUUCAACUGUUGAUGUAGAUGAACAUAGUUCAACUUCAACUGAUGAAAGCGGUAACGAUAGUUUUACAUGUUCUGAAAUUGAAUAUGAUAAUAAUAGUUUAAAUGGUAAUAAAUAUAAUAAAAAAACAACAGAAGAUGAACGACGACAAAUAAAUAGUACAAAUGGUUCAAAUAAAACACCAAUACCACAAGCUCCAUCAUCAUCUUACGGUGGUUUUGAUUCAUCAUUUCGUGGCUCAUUAAGUACUCUUGUAGCUAGUGAUGAUGAUAUAUCAACACAUAUGGGACGAAUAUAUAAUCGUAAACAAAAUAAUGGUGCACCAUCAUCUUCAGCAACAACUUUAGGAUGGGAUUAUUUAUUAAAUUGGGGUCCUAAUUAUGAAAGUAUUGUUGGAGUGUUUAAAGCACAACUACCAGAUUCUGUCGUUGAUGAACAUUUAGCAACAUCAUUAAGAUCACCACCAAAUAAUGUUACACAGAAACCAUCUGAAGAGUAUGUUUGAAAAAAAUUAAUUUUAGGAAAUUUAUAAAAAAAAAUACAUAUAUAUACAUAUAUACUAGUACAUAAAACAAAAAUUUUUUAUUUCAAUUUUGUUUGAAAAAAAAAAAGAUUUCAACAAUUGAAAUUUUAGUCAAUAUUUUUGUUAACUUUAUAACAUAACAAA